AUGUGCAUCGCACUAGUCUCCACAGCGCACCCUUCCUACUCCCUCAUCGUAAUCGACAACAGAGAUGAAUACCUCACCCGCCCAACCUCCCCUCCAUCCUGGUGGCCCCCACCACACAACCACGUCCUCUCCUCCCGAGACCUCGCGCGUGCCCCCUACGGAACUUGGAUGGGCGUCACAAAAACUGGCAAACUCGCCGUCCUGACAAACUACCGCGAAACAUCAGCCGCAAAAGCAGCCGCCGCAGCACAAAGUCGCGGCGUCAUCGUAAACAGCUGGCUCGCCGCACCACCAGACGAUAAGCGCGAUACGAGGGCCUUUGUUCAGGACACUAUCACGGGGAUCGCAGCGAGAAACGUUGGCGGGUUUAGUCUGGUCUGUGGGUAUGUGAAUGAGCCGUUAGCGAUAGUGUCGAAUCGGUCGGCGAAUCUGGAGCAGGUUACUUGGGUUGCGAAGGAACGGGGAGAGACAGUGGGGCUGAGUAAUACGAGUUUUGGGGAUCGGUCGUGGCCGAAGAUUAUUGACGGAGAGCGACUUAUGGAAGAAGCUAUUGGGGCAAACGUGGAGGCUGGGGAGGGGGAGGAUAAGCUUAUUGAGAGGUUUCUGGGUGUUUUGAGCACGGAUACGCUGCCAAGAUUGCCGGAGGGCUCGUCGACGGAGACGUAUAUUCCGAAUUUAAGGAAGAGUAUAUUUAUACCCGCGAUUGGGGCGGAGAGUAAAAACGAAAGGUCAGCUGAUGAGGUUGCUGCUGCUUGCGUGGAGGAUAGGGUAAAGGUUGAUGGUGUGGCAGAUGCGAUUCCAAACCCUGCUUAUAUGCAGGGCGCGUAUGGGACGCAGAAGCAGACGGUGCUUCUUGUGAGGGAGGAUGGGAGGGUGAGGUAUUUUGAGCGCACGCUUUAUGAUAACAAUGUGAAUGCUAUUCCGGUUGGGGAGGGGGAUCAAUCGUUUGAGUUUAUGGUUGAAAGACAGAGCUGA